AUGGGUUACUGUGAGCUGCAUGAUAACGGGACCAAGCAGGCAUAUUUGUCUCACGCGUAUGAUGGAAAGGAUUUUAUUAGUUUUGAUGUGGAGACCCUGACCUGGACUGCUGCUGUGCCGCAGGCUGUCUUCUAUAAACAGAAGAUGGAAGCUGACACAGCAUUGCAACAGAUCAUUUUCAAGUAUUAUCAACAGGAGUGUUUCCAGUUGCUGGAGUGGUGCCUCCAGUAUGGGAUGGAGACCCUGCAGAGGAAAGUCUGUCCUGCAGUGACUCUGAUACAGAGGAAAGCGCGGGAAUCUGCAGGAACGGACGUCAUUUGCCACGUGACGGGGUUCUACCCCCGAGAGGUUGAGGUGAACUGGAUCAGAGACGGUGAGGCUCUGCUGGAGGAGGGGGUGUGGAGUGGAGAGGUGCUACCCAACGGGGACACAACCUACCAGCUGAGAAAGACCCUGACAGUGAGUCCUGAGGACCAGAAGAAACACAGCUACUCCUGCCAGGUGAACCACGCCAGUCUGGAUGAGAAGAUGGAUGUGAGAGAGAGAGAGAGAGAGAGAGAGAGAGAGAGAGAGAGAGAGAGAGAGACAGAUCGACAGAAGAUCAUUGUGCGGAUGUUCAAGAGAUAG